AAAUUAAAUAAAUAAAUAACAUUUGAUGAAAUUUGGAUUUCACUAUCCUUCAUUUUCUAUGCCCACUCUGAUUGGAUGAAGCCACGAGCUCGACCAGUUUCCAGGGCAACCAAAUGCUGAACAACCGAAAGGAUCAAUGCGUUGGAACUUAAGAGAGUCUCUUUAAACUCGUUUUAAGAUAAAGUUGUUGUUUUGCGUGUGCCUUCUAAUCAAAAAGAAGUCUGGGGAACUGGGCUCGUAUGAGAAAACUUCCAACAUGGAUCGUCACUCGAUGUUGAGACACCAGCAGCAGUCUAGGUAUCGGGAAGAGCUCCGGCAAGAAGAAGCCAAGCGGCUGGUCAGAGAGCGGCAGCUGCUGGCUGGUCUGAGGCAGGAGGAGAGCGCAGAGAGGAGGAGGUACCUGCGGCAUGAGCAGCAUCAGCUGAAGGAGCGGCAGAUGGAGGAGGAACUGAUCAAGGCUGAGGAGCAGAGAGUAAACAGGGAAAAGGAGCUGGAACAGGAGGAGAGAAAAGCUAAAGAGCAGGCCCGAAUCGACCACGAGAAGCAAAAAGAUGAGAAGAUGAGACGGCUUAUUAUAGAGAACAGCUUGGAGAUCAGAGAACUGAAAUCCAAGCUGAGUGCUGCGUAUGUGCACAAGGAGAUAGCUGCUCAGAUCGCAGAAAAGGAAUCUCUAAGACUUCAAACCAAAAGGGAAGAGGCAGAGCUGGCUCACAGAAUGAAGAGAGAACAAGAACAAGCUGCUGCUGAGCUCCAGAAGCAGCAGCAGCUGCAACAUAACGAGAAGGUGGUUCGGCAUCAGAGAGAGUUGGAGCAGCAGCUCAUGGAGAAGGAGCGCAGUAGACAGGAGGCGUAUGAGGAGUUUCUCAAAGAGAAGCUUCUGGUGGACGAGAUCAUCAGGAAGAUCUAUGAAGAGGAGCAGAUGGAGAGGCAGUUAAAGCUGGAGAAGGUCAAAGCUUCUCGGCAGCAAAUGGAGGAGUUGAAAAGGGAACAGGCUGAGUGGAGGCGGAUGGAGCAGAAGAGGAUCGAAGAGGAAAACAGACGCAUCAUGGAGUUUGCAAGGCAGCAGCAACAUACGGAGGAGACUAGAAGGAAUCAGAUGAAACAAUGGGAAGAAGCCAAGGAAUAUCGCCACAAAAUGCUGUGUGAGAAGAUAGAAGGGGAGAGAAAACUGAGCGAGGAGAUGGAGCAUGUCUGUCGGGAGCUUUAUUUGGAAAAGCAAGAGGAGGCAUACAGACAGAGAGAAAUUGAGGAAAUGGAAAACAGGAUCAGACAGAGACUGAUGAUGCAGCAGACCUUCAGGGAGCAGCUAGCCUUCAAGCAGAUGCAGAGGCAGCGGGAAAAAGAGGAAGAGGAGGCUUUCAGGAAAACCAUGAUGGCCAAGUUUGCUGAGGACGACCGGAUUGAGCAGAUGAACGCCCAGAGACGUCGCAUGAAGCAGCUGGAACACAAACAUGAGGUGGAGAGACUGAUGGAAGAGAGAAGACGGCAGCGUGAAACUGAAAGGGAAAUUGAAGCUACAUUUGAAGCAACAGAACAGGAGAGGGAGAUGCAGAGGAGACAGAUCAUAGAGGAAGAGAGACUGAGACUGCUAAAGCUUAAUGCAAAUAAACUCCCCGGAAACUUCCCUAAGGACAUUCUCCGUAAAGAUGACCUGGAUCACUUUGAGGAAGAUUUCAGAAAACGUUUUGAAACCCUACAGACCGAUGACUUCUCAGAGUAGUCCCCAUGUUGGAGGCCUUCAGCUGACCAUUAGGGGGCAGUAUAAGGCUGCAGUGAAUUCUUCUAAAGAAUUUAAGUUCUGAAUUUCUACUGAAGUUUUUACUGUUUUUCUACAUUUUUCCUAUGGAUUCAGUUUGAUGCGUUUGGACAAUCUGUUCAUGAGUUUUUAAAUAAACAACCAUAAGCACAGAUGAUCCUUUAUCAGUUGACAGUGUAUAUCAUCUCCAGUCAUUUUUAUGAAACCCAUUACAUAAGUCUUAAUAUUCCUAAAGAAUGGUGUGUUUUACAUGUACACUGCUGAGUCAAUAUAAUAUAAAAGCUGCAGGUCUUUAAGAGUCCCAAGGGUUUUACAAUUCUUCAAUUUAUUUCAGUCACAAUUAAUGUAAACAUCUUGGAGUUUAAACUUUCAGGUCAACCAAAUAGUCUCGCUUUGUUUAUGCUAUUACAAAAAUAUGCUUUAGUCUAAAUAAAUAAAUUGCAGCCCCUGCUAAAUAUGUGCUUAAUAUCGUCCCGGUUGAAAGUGAACCUCUCCCUAAUAGGCAGUCUUCCAUGUUUAGCUUUUCUUCAUUAUUUUUCAUGAGUAAAAACAAAAAGUAACCUCCCAGCACCCUCUUCCACCUUUGCUGUGUCCAUUACACAGAUUGUACUAAACUACAAAUGCAGAUUAUUGUGGCUUUUUCCUUUGCUGCUCUAACAGUAAUAGCAGAAUUUUAGAGAGCCCGACUAACUGUUCUCCCUGUCUGGGUCAAAUAAUUGGAAAGCCACGCCCACCUAAUAGUGAUUGCAGUUUCGUUGUACUAUAGCGCAGGGCUCCAUAAGAUGUCUAAAGCUUAGGAUUAUAUUGAAUAA